CGUAAAGCCGAGCAGAGCGAGGGAGACGGAUGAGGCAAGCGGCGCUAUGGAUUUAACACACCGCGCCUUCAUUAAACUCUUUCUGCUCUUAUACUGCUUCAGCCGCGGCGCAGGUCAGUUUGGGAAUCGUCUGAAUAAUUACAUCCGUCACUAUGAAGGCCUGUCCUACGACACUGACUCCCUCCACAGUAAGCACCAGAGAGCCAAAAGAGCCGUGUCUCACGAGGAUAAAUUCGUUCACCUCGAAUUCCAGGCCCACGGCAGGCAUUUUAACUUGCGGCUGAAGAGGGAUACCUCUCUGUUUGCUCCAGAUCUGAAGGUGGAAAUCUCCGGAGAGGAGACGCCGUACGACACCUCACACAUUUACACAGGAGAGCUGUUCGGAGAGCAAGGCAGCCUGACUCAUGGAUCCAUCGUGGAUGGAAAGUUUGAAGGAUUCAUUCAGAGCCAUCAGGGCACGUACUACGUGGAGCCGGCCGAGCGAUACCUCAAAGAUCGGGAAGUGUCGUACCACUCAGUCAUCUACCACGAGGAUGACAUCGACUAUCCUCAUAAGUACGGCAGGGAGGGGGGCUGUGCGGACCACUCUGUCUUUGAGAAGAUGAAGAAGUACCAAGCAUCUGCGAUGGAAACUCCUGCACAGCUGCGCCCCCUGCAGGAGAAGAAUAGACAGCGUGAGGAGGAUGACAAGUGGAUGUAUGGGCCAGUAAUCCUGAGGAAGAGGCGUGCAGCGCAGGCUGAGAAAAACACCUGCCAGCUGUUCAUCCAGACAGAUCACCUCUUCUUCAAAUACUACGGCACCAGGGAGGCUGUGAUAGCACAGAUUUCCAGCCAUGUGAAGGCCAUUGACUCCAUCUAUCAGAGCACAGACUUCCAGGGCAUCCGGAACAUCAGCUUCAUGGUCAAGAGGAUCAGGAUCAACACCACACUGGAUGAGAAGGACAAGUCCAAUCCAUUUCGCUUUGCUAAUAUUGGAGUGGAGAAGUUUCUGGAGCUGAACUCUGAGCAAAAUCAUGAUGAUUACUGCCUGGCCUACGUCUUCACUGACAGAGACUUCGAUGAUGGAGUUCUGGGACUGGCGUGGGUCGGAGCUCCCUCAGGAAGCUCAGGUGGGAUCUGUGAGAAGAGUAAGCUCUACUCAGACAAUAAGAGGAAGUCUCUGAACACGGGCAUCAUCACUGUGCAGAACUACGCCUCCCACGUGCCCCCUAAAGUCUCCCACAUCACCUUCGCCCACGAGGUCGGACACAACUUCGGCUCCCCUCAUGACUCUGGCAGUGAGUGCACUCCUGGUGAGUCGAAGACUCAGGAUAAGAAGGAGAGAGGGAACUACAUCAUGUACGCCAGAGCCACGUCUGGAGACAAGUUCAACAACAACAAGUUCUCCAUCUGCAGCAUCCGCAACAUCAGCCAGGUGCUGGAUAAGAAGAGGGGGCUGUGCUUUGUGGAGUCUGGUCAGCCGAUCUGUGGGAACGGCCUGGUGGAGGCUGGUGAACAGUGUGACUGUGGUUACAGUGAUCAGUGCAAGGAUGAGUGCUGCUACAAUGCGAACGAGCCAGACGGCAGGAAGUGCAUGUUGAAACCGGGGGCUAUGUGCAGUCCCAGUCAGGGCCCGUGCUGCACCCCUCAGUGUAACUUUAAGAGCCGCGAGGAGCAAUGUAGGAACGAAUCAGAGUGUGCUCUACAAGGGAAGUGUAACGGGGAAAUGGCUCAGUGCCCCACCUCCGAACCCAAACAAAACUUCACCACCUGCCACAAUGAGACACAAGUCUGCAUCAACGGGGCCUGUUCUGGCUCUAUCUGUGAGCGUUUUAGUCUGGAGAUGUGUACAUGUGCCAUUGAGGAGGGUCAGGAUGAGACAGAGCUGUGCCAUAUCUGCUGCAUGCAGAAGAAUCAGCCCAGUACCUGCAGAAGUACAGGCUCUAUGGAGUGGGAUAAAUACUUCGGCAAAAAAGUGAAAACCCUGCUGCCCGGCUCACCCUGCAAUGACUUCAAGGGCUACUGCGAUGUCUUCAUGAAGUGCAGGCUGGUGGAUGCUGAUGGACCACUAGCCAGGCUGAAGAAAGCCAUCUUUAACCCAGAGCUGUAUGAGAACAUUGCAGAGUGGAUAGUGGCUCAUUGGUGGGCUGUGCUGUUGAUGGGCAUCGCUCUCAUCAUGCUGAUGGCUGGAUUCAUUAAAAUCUGCAGUGUGCACACGCCCAGCAGCAACCCCAAACUGCCCCCACCCAAACCACUGCCAGGAACUCUGAAGAGAAGGAGAGCGCAGAACCCCAGUUCUCAGCCUCAUCCUCAGCGUCACGCCCGCCAGCCAAGGGAUUCCUAUCAGAUGGGGCAGAUGCGCCGCUGAGCCGGACUCUUUGCCUUUGGUUCUUCCUAGUGCCUACAAUGGGAAACACUUCACUCCAAAGAGUUACCUGAACCAAUCGAUGAACCCCAUCCACAAACUAAGAAACUAGCAAAAAGAAAAACAAUAUCCGCGACAAAUGGACUUCGGCAGACUCGGCUCAUAAGAACAACACUUUCACAGAGAUGUAAGAAAAACCACUGCUCUGGCCAGCAGCCCAGCUGCCCUCACUCAGCUCAGAGAAAAAUCCAGAAGCUAUCGAUGAGGAGGAGGAGAGAAUCACUGCUUUUUGUUCUUAUGUGGUUUGACUUUUCUUUUUUUCCCCCCUUUUCCUCUUCCCCGCUCAACUGUUUUUUUUUUUUCUUCUAAGUGGAGUACCUCAGGGUUCUCCUCUCUGUCCACUUCGAUUCUCAUUUCUUUGCCCUUCUGUGUAUCGUUUUGAAGCACCGCCCCUUUGGGCGAUGGCAAAUCACAUGGAUUCACAUGUUGCCAGUUGAGGCAAGAGCUACUUCCACAGAGACUCAAUUGCCAAUGUGUAAUUAAAGUGUUUUAAAUGAAAAAAAGUUUUUACAUUUUCUCUCCCUCUCUCUCUCUCUCUCUCUCUCCCUCUCUCUCUCUCUCUCUCUCUCUCUCUCUCUCUAUCUCUCUAUCUCUCUAUCUCUCUAUCUCCCUCCCUCCCUCCCUCCCUUUCCACUGUUGUACAGAUAUCACAAAAUAGUUUCUUGUUUGGUUCUUCUUACAUGAUUAUUUUUUUCAGCUGUUGGAUAAAGAUCAUUUACUAUUUAGAUUGACACUCAGGAUACAUUAAGAAGCCUAAAUCACAGUGUCGGAGGGAGGAAUGGAACAUUUCCUGAUGAUUCUUUGUGAUGUGAUUUAUAUAUAUUAUUUUUUUUUGCUUUUGAUUUCUUCAUUUGGAUCUGUUCCUGCUCUGUUCUCGAGCUGAGAAUGGUUUGCCUUUCUGCAGCGUAGCUCGCGCUUGCGUGGUGGUGUGGAUUUGAUGUGCUGACCAGCUGAGAAAUAGAGAGAAAGAGAGAAACGAUUUGACUUGUGCGAUUGCGAUAGUUAGAUGAGCUAGUUUGAUAGCGUAGUCAUUUAGCACGCUCUCAGUCGAGGAAGAAGAGUGAGGUGUAUUUUGACUGCAGGGGCGCUGCGUUCUCACUGCGGCAUGUUUUUAUUUUGUUUUUCUUGUCGUUUUUGCCGACUUUUGGAACUUUGAAUUGUCAGAAAAACCACUAGAAAAGAUCAGGCGGUGGCUUUUUGCCUGUUCUUCCAUCCAUAAGAGUAAAAAAAGAAAUGUAAGAGGCAGAAAUAUUCCCCAAGCUGUAUUUUUCCAUAGUCUACUAAGGUUUUCUGAGGCCGUUCCUUCUGAUCACUGCUGCUAAUACAGAUGCACAUUGGGAGAAUGCUGGGGUUCAACAGCCGGCCUAGAGAGAAGAUUCAACAGCAAGUAGGACUUUGGGUUUUAUUCACUUUUUGUAUCACAGCAAAUACAAACUGGGACGAAACAAACCGAGCCAGCUGACCGUUCCAGUGCCUGAUGACCAGGAAAGGUCCCAGAUGGCUGAGCUCUACCAGUAUGGACAAACACUCGUCUCCCAGCUGUGUAACGUCAGCCUUCGCUCUCUCUAUCUCACUGUGGGCAGACGUUUAUUAGAAGCGGGCAGCACCGUCCCGCGAGAGCCUCACUGUUUAUCAGCCCUGACCAGCUCCAGCUCCAGCUCCAGCUCUGCUGACCACAGAGGGCAGUCUGGAGAGCAAUAAUAAAAGUGCAACCAAUCUUCUGUCUCUUUUCUUGUUCAUUUUCCUCUUGUUCUUUCUUUCUUUCUCUUGUCUUUCUCAUUCUUUCCCUCAUUCUUUUUCUUUUUUAUUUCUUCUCAUCUU